AUGCUACGACAACUUAGAGAAGGCAACCUUGAUGCAAGCCAGUAUGCUGAAAAGGAUGAAAUGCUUUAUCACAAGCAAGCAAAUACAGAUGGUACGACAAAUUUGGAAUGGCUGCGGUCUUCAGGGGGGUUGCAACAUGGUCUCUGUCUCGUCAGUAGCAGAACCAGCUGAAGGCUGAGGUCUUCAGGGAUACUGUUAUUUUGGUCUCUGCCUCGUCAGCUGCAGAGCUAGCUGAAGGCUGAGGUCUUCAGGGCUAUUGU